AUGUCGCCUGAACUGAUGGAAAUUAACUCAGGCGUAUGUAACGUGCGCCUAAAAGAUGAGUCUGCUUGGAAAACCUAUAAAGCCGGUGAAAAGUUUACAGUACCUGGCAAUUCUUCUUUUGAAAUUGAAGUGACCGAAACGGUAGAUUACAAAGGGUUUUUUAUGCCUUCAUUUGACAUCAGUUCUGAAGUAGAUAUGGUCGCGUUGAAAAAUGCGGUAGAUACUGCGGGUAAGCAAAUUACCAAUCGAUAUGACUUUAAAGGCACGUCUGCCAAAGUAGAACUCAACGAAAAAGAUAAUUUGAUUACUUUGUUUGGCGAUAACGAUUUUCAGCUCGACCAAAUCAAAGAUAUUUUGCUCCCCGCGAUGGAGAAAAAAGAGCCCGAUUCAUCAAAACGCUUAGAUCAUAAAGAUGUGCAAAAGGUGGGUGGUAACAAGGUAAAACAAGAGCUUAAAAUUCGUGCGGGGAUUGAUAGUGAUUUAGCCAAACGUCUGGUAAAGCUGCUCAAAGAUUCUGGUAUGAAAGUGCAAGCCAGCAUUCAGGGCGACACGGUGCGGGUGAACGGCGCAAAACGUGAUGUGCUGCAAGAGGCAAUCGCAUUUUGCAAAAAAAAUCAAACUAAAGUCACGGCUUAUGACUCCACCUUGCGCGAUGGUGCGCAAGCGCAAGGCGUCUCUUUUACGGUGGAAGACAAGCUUAAAAUAGUAAAAGAACUAGAUGCGCUAGGAAUUGGCUAUAUUGAAGCGGGCAACCCAGGCUCUAACCCUAAAGAUUUAGAGUUUUUUAAGCGCGCGGCAGAUCUGCAAUUACAACACGCAAAAAUUAUCGCAUUUGGCAGCACGCGCCGUAUCGGCAUCAAAGCGGCAGAUGACAACAACCUGCCAACCUUAAAAGCGGCGGCAGAGGCGGGUGCAGAUGUGCUGGCCUUGUGUGAUACCAAUGGCGGCACUUUCCCGAAUGAAAUUUUUGAAAUCACGGAAAAAGUCGUUGCCCAAUUUGGUUCUGUUCAAUCAGGCGGUGUGCAAGUAGGCAUUCAUUGCCAUAACGAUUGUGAAAUGGCGGUGGCGAAUUCUGUUGCCGCCGUCCAAGCAGGUGCUACACAGGUGCAAGGCACCAUCAAUGGCAUUGGUGAGCGCUGUGGUAAUGCCAAUUUGUGUUCCAUCAUCCCCAAUUUGCAAUUAAAGCUGGGGCUGAGUUGCAUUCCACCAGAAAAUAUUAGCACCCUCACGCAUGUAGCGCGUUUUGUGAACGAAGUCGCUAAUAUGCCAUUUAACGAUAAAGCACCAUAUGUUGGAAACGAUGCGUUUUCGCACAAAGGUGGUAUGCAUAUUGAUGCGGUCAACAAAAACCCGAUUUCGUAUGAGCACAUUAACCCGGAACAAGUGGGUAAUAUCCGCCAUAUUUUGGUUUCAGAAGUCGCAGGGCGGGGCGCAUUGCUGAAUAAAUUGCAGCAAAUUGAACCAACGCUGACUAAAGAUUCGCCCGACACCAUCCGCGUGUUAGAGCAACUCAAAGCCUUGGAGCAUGAAGGCUACCAGUUUGAAGGCGCCGAAAGCUCGUUUGAUUUGUUAAUUCACAAACUGCUAGGUAAAUUUGAGCCAUUUUUUAGCCUCAAGCAAUACAACGUCAGUAUUUUUGAGCCUUCAGCCGAUGGCCUCAAUUCUUCCGCCACCAUCCAUGUGAACGUGAGUGGCGUUGAUGCAAAUGCCACCGCGCAAGGCGAUGGCCCGGUGAAUGCGCUAGACAAAGCCAUGCGUAAAGCCUUGGCAGAUUUUUACCCAGCCAUUAACGAGAUUAAAUUGGUGGAUUAUAAAGUGCGCGUCUUAGAUAGUAGCCAAGCCACCGCCGCCAAAGUGCGCGUGAUUAUUGAAUCUACCGACCAGCAACAAAGCUGGACGACCAUUGGCGUUUCAACCGAUAUUAUUGAAGCGUCUUGGUUGGCGUUGAAGGAUGCGGUAGAAGUGAAGCUAAUGAAAUUGUAG